AGUAAACAGUUAUAGUGAAGGAAAGUUAUAGUUGACUUCUCCGAACAAAAUUUUUAAAAAUGUUCCGUAAUUGAAAUCCAUUAAUAAUAUUUGAGUUUUUGUUUUUUGAUAUGAAUAUUUAAAUUGCUCAGUAUAUUAUCUAGAAGUCAUCAAUUGACAAUAGAAGAACUCAAUCAAUACCGGUAAAAUUUUACGGUUUUAAAAAAUGUUGUCCCAAUAUAAACCGGGGAUGGAUGGAGAGGAGUUCAGAUUGCGAGCAAAAGAAGUGAUAGACUACAUGGUACAUUACCGAGAUACAGCUUUUAAACGACCAGUGAUUGAAUUGAAUAUACUGAAGUCUAAAGUUGCCGACUUGAAUAAAUUCAUACCUCUUACAGUACCAACGCACGGUCAAGAUUCAUUCAAAGAUGUGCUGAAAGAUUUAGACGAAUUUAUAGUACCAAGGUUGUUAUCAUGGGAUCAUCCACAUUUUUUUGGAUACUUUCCUGCAGGCAACACCUACCCAACAAUCUUAGCUGAUAUGUUGUCAGACAUUUACAAUAACAUUGGAUUCUCUUGGUCGUCCGGACCAGCUCUCACUGAAUUGGAGAUGAUCAUGAUGGAUUGGUGGGGUGAGUAGAAUUAUUUAAAACUAGCUGGCCCGGCGAACUUC